AUGGAACAACCUCGUGACAGCCCAUGCGCUCGAGCGAUGCAAUGCGGACGUCGUAUGUUCCUCGCCGCGUUGAUUCUUGCAUCGAAAUAUCUGCAGGACCGAAACUACUCCGCCCGUGCUUGGAGCAAGAUCUCGGGUCUACAAACCCAAGAAAUCAAUCAAAAUGAAAUGAUGUUCUUGCAGGCUGUGGAUUGGAAACUCCACGUCCCGGAGUCCAUUUACCACAGAUGGACAGAUAUUGUCCUUAAGUAUACACCAACCCCGGGUUCUUCGCCCAACACAGAUGAUUGCUGGAAGACGUUGAUUCCAAGAUUGACCUCCGAUCUGGUCACGGUCGACAUCGAACCUUCGAGCCAUCCCGAUAUGUUCGGACUGGACUUGCUUGCUGACGCUCCUUCGCCUCGGCGUUCACCCUCUCGCGUCAACAGCAUAGCUUCGAUGUGUUCUCCCAGUGAGCAACAAUCUCCGAUCUGUCCACGAUCUAAUCCCAUCUUGGAACCCACUCCUCGUAUCGAGUCCUCAAACCCCACCCUUCCGGCCUUGCACAAGCUUGGACUUCUCCCCACACCGCAAUUGACGCCACAAUCUUGCGCUGCGUCCACUCCUGCAGUGAGUGUUCGUGGUACAUGUUCGAGACGUCCAUCAUUCGCAUCCGCAAUGUCUCAGGCCCAAAACAUGUGCAUGUCACGUCUGGCUCUCGAUACCCGCCCCACCAGCAAGCCUGGCAACUUUGAAGGACUGCCUCCUUUGACUCGUCGGUCUUCUCUUGCGCGCUCUACUUCUUCUGCAUCAUCACCAGAGUCGAUGGUGUCGGAUGUGUCGACAAUUUCCUCUCGUUCUUCUCGUUCUUCUUCAAUAUCAUCAUGUGUGUCUGCGACCUGUGCGCCUAGUCAGCCCCGGCUGGCCGUCACGGCGACUCGUCGUUGCGCUGCGAUGACUUUGAAAGAAUGCCGAAAGAACUUGACCAUACACACUCCUAUCGACGAGACCUCUCUGGUUGGUGUUUACAGCUCUCCCGACAGUGCCCUGUGUGGAUCUGUUCCCGACCUGUCGAACUUCUCCUUGAACACCCCCGUCGAUAUGACGACUCAUGAAGCUGCUCAAGGUUUAUGCGAGCUAUCCGGCGCUAUGCUACGAUCACAGUCUCCUGUUGGCCAAGUGAGUCGCAAACGAGGAAGGACUUCAUCUGAAGACCAGAUUUUGCAGAGCAAUGUACGCGAUCUAAUGGCUUCGGCUUACGGGAACGACGUCCUAGCAGACGAGCGGAUUGCUCAAUCAUUUCUGCUUAAGGGCCAGUCAGACCACAACCUGAGCUCUAUUCAGCUGCCUGUACCUGUUCCUGUUUCGAAAGGCGGUAUUAAGCGAGCAUGCUGCAGUGCCGAAGUUCGCAGACACGACAUUCUACCAACUACUCCGACGCCUAUGCGUUGA